AUAUGUACGUACAUAUAUACAUCGCGCGUAUUAGCCACCACAUGCGCGCGCUCACGAACGCGAAGUGAUCUCUCAGCUGUUUAUCCGAAACUCCGAAACGCUGUGGUGCGAGGUGCGAGGUGCGAGUUGGUUUCGAAGCAAUCAUCGGAAAUCGGAAAUCGUCAGCAGUCAUAGUCGACCGAGGCGGAGAUGACUAUAGGAAUCAUACCACGCGAAUUUUCCGCACUACAACGUCGUGUUUAUUUUUAGUCUCGAGUGUGCCAUGUCACGUCGUCGCAUCGACGCGUCGACAAGAUUUUUGCCGUGUAAUUACGUGCCGCGAAAUUCCUAAAAACUCGACUCGGGGACACCGCACUAGGAAUUUGCUCGCGGCAGUAAUUCUUUCGUAUGAUCCAUUCGCUGUGAGCAGCGGCGAUUUGAGCUCGAUCUGAUCAAGGAUCUAUGCGCUGUUGAAAAAUCAGCUGGUAAUUUUAUCAAGAAGCCAACUAUGAGGAAGACGCGCGUCAACAUUUUCCAUGAUAUCUAUUAUCAGCCGUACGACGAUUGCACGAGGCUCAAACUCUACUCCAGUAGCAAAGCUAGCUUACAGUUGAUACAGCGUAUGUCGUUGCUGAAAAGAUUGAAAGUCCACAAUGGUUGCGUGAAUUCUAUUUGUUGGAACAGUAGUGGAGAAUUGAUACUGUCUGGAAGUGACGAUCAACAUCUUGUUUUAACUAAUGCACAUAAUUAUGAGGUAUUAACGGACUAUAAAACGAGUCACAGAGCAAAUAUUUUUAGUGCCAAGUUUUUGCCUAAUAGUGGAGAUCAUCGUAUUGUUUCUUGUAGCGGAGAUGGCAUUAUUUUGUAUACAGAUCUGAUGAGAAAAGCAGAAACGUUCCAUAAUCAAUUUACUUGUCACACCGGUACUACUUAUGAAAUAGCGACAAUACCUGGUGAACCGCAUAGUUUUCUAAGCUGUGGGGAAGAUGGGACUGUGAGAUGGUUUGAUCUCAGAGUGAAGGAUAAAUGUAGCGCUACGAGAUGUAAAGAGGAUGUACUAAUUCCUUGUCAAAGAGCCGUGACUGCUUUGUCGGUGAAUCCUGUAUUGCCUCAUCAGAUAGCGAUCGGUUGUUCUGAUAGUACUGUAAGAACGUUCGACAGAAGAAUUCUGGGUACACCCGCCACCGGUUGGACAGAUACGGAAAGUUCAAUAAGACCGCUGUGCAGUUUCACUGUCCCAGAAUUCGAAGGCAAUUCUUACAGGAUUACAUCGCUGAGUUACAGUCCAGAUGGACAGGAUGUUCUUGUCAGCUAUAGCAGCGAUCAUCUUUAUUUAUUUAGUAUCAAAGAUCAAGGCAUAUUCGCCGAAAUCGCUCAGGCAAGACCGGUGCUGCAUACAUCUUUGAUGCAGAGGAUGACAGAUGUACUCAGCAGAAUGUUGAACGAUCCAGCCACGCGCGCCGCUCUGAGUGGUGGAGGUGAAGAUAGUUUAGAAGGUGUCAUUGAGCAACCAGAAGCUAUUCAAAGCACUGAGAAUAAUUCUGAAUUGAAUACAGAGAGAAGUGAUGAUGCGGUUGAAUCGAACGCUGAACAAAAUAAUGUUCCAGGAAUAAGUGGAAAUAGAAGCACGUAUGUUGACAGAGAUGUGGACGAAACGAUUAAUACUGAGAGACUACAAACGAAAGAAGUUAAACAACCACAGCAAUAUAACGAAUUAUCAUUUCCAAAUGUAUCCAUGAGCACGAAUGACGUUCCUAUGGAAACUGAAUCUAGUCAAAUCGGUCAAGCGCAGAUCGCUUCUGCAAAAUGUACAAGUAAUGUUGAUAAACGUGACCAUGAUAAUGUAUGGAAUCGAAACAGAAAUGAGGAUGAAACUGCAUGUACGAAUAUAACUAGCAAACAGGAGAAUAUGAUGGAGAAUCUUCAAGAUAGAUUAACAACAAUGCGGGACGGUUUUUUGGAAAGACAUGGCAGUGAACCUGCUGUGAGUUUAACGUAUUCUGAUAAAAGCUCAACUAGUGCCACGAUAUCGCUUGGUGUUGGCGAUGAAAUGACUCGUGAUAGUUACCACCCGGGUCCGUCUGGAAGUAGCAAUAAUACUCUCGAUGCAGGUCCGAGCAAUAAUCGCAACCAUUAUCAUUAUAAUGAAGAUAGAGAAAAAAGUAAAGAAACUGUGUACAUCGAUAGCGACGAUGAAGAUGUUCAAUCAGAUGAAAGGUUGCUAAAUCCAAUCGAGGAAAUGGACGAAGCAAUUGUCAAUGCUCGUUCGUCGCAAGGACACGAGACAUUUGAUGAUACCUAUCUGACGGAACUCUGCGUAAAACGAAAAUAUAUGGGACAUAGGAACGCCAGGACCAUGAUAAAGGAAGCAAAUUUUUGGGGCAACGAUUUCGUCAUGUCGGGUAGCGACUGCGGUCAUGUAUUCGUGUGGGAAAGGGACACCGCAAAAUUGUGUAUGCUAUUGGAAGCGGAUCAACAUGUAGUCAAUUGUCUGCAACCGCAUCCAUAUCUUCCGAUAUUAGCUACUUCUGGCAUUGACUACGACGUCAAAUUAUGGGCGCCGAUCAACGAUCAGUCGAGCUUUGAUGAAAAGUUUGCGGAAGAUUUGAAAAAAAGAAAUGCAGUUAUGUUGGAGGAGACCAAAGACACAAUUACUGUACCUGCGGUUUUUAUGAUCAGAAUGCUGGCAUGCCUCAAUCAAAUACGCAGAGGUAGUGAAAAUUUAUAAUAGUAUUCUCUUUAGGAUCUCUUCACGAUAAGUCGCUAUACUGAUAUGUAUGGAAUACACAAGUAGGAAAAAUAAAUCCAACAUUUUUUCGGAGUCUUCCAUUGUUGUGCGCAGGUAUUAAAAUACAUGAUGAUUAGCAUUGGAUGAUAUAAAGUUUUAUCUGAAUUUUUUUUGCAUUGCGUAUCGUCUAAUUUUUUUAGAUGAUUACUUGAAUAUAAAACAUCGGUAUGUAUCAAUUGAUACAGAAGCCGAGAAAAUUUCUUUUCUUUCUUUCUUCAAUGUAUUAAAUCAAUAUUUGACUGUAUGGGGCAUUUUUGUGUUCUUAAGUAUUCUAAAGUGUUCUAAGUGUAUAUAAAAUUGUAAAUUCUUU